AUGCCUGCAGCCUUAUGUGCCACAGCCACUCCCGAUGCUGCACGAAUGGGAGCAGCAGAUGGGACCCUUGGAACCACAAGCGCAAGAGGGGAUGAGGAGGAUAUGAUAGGUGCUGCUGCCGCGCCUGCUGAGUCUGUUGCUGCAAGUAUGGGAGCAGCGGACGGGACUAAUGGCACCACAGGCACAAGAGGAGAUGAGGAGGAGACGACAGGGAUGUGGGGCUGGAAGAAGCAGCGGCUGGAGGGGGAGGAGGAGGAGGAGGAGGAGGAGGAGGAGGAGGAGGAGGAGGAGGAGGAGGAGGAGGAGGAGGAGGAGGAGGAGGAGGAGGAGGAGGAGGAGGAGGAGGAGGAGGAGGAGGAGGAGGAGGAGGAGGAGGGGGAGGAACAGCAGGAGGAGCUACAUUAG